AUGACGAGGUAUCAGCCGCCGUCGGCUUUUGAGUUUUAUCAUCAGUCACCAUCUUCUCUCGAUACGAAACCUGUGUUUUCCGGAGACGACGAGAUGAGUGUGCUGGAUGAUAAGAUCCUCGAAACCACGUCAGAUAUCGCUUCCAUGAACGACCCAAGACGGUCAUCUUAUGAUCACACCUCAGAGGAUUUCUCUCGAAGAAAUUCCGUCUGGUCAGAUUCUCAAUCACGAAAUACCUCUCAGAUGUCUACGCCUCUCUUUGAAUCCGUAAAUCCCUUUGGACGAGUGGACACAACGCCGUCGGCUAGUUAUGGCCAGCAUCAAUCAUGGCCUCUCUCUGCUGAUUCGGGUUCGUGUACGCCUACCCCAAUCUACGAGCAAUUCCCACACGACUACGACGGAAGCUCUACCAACCCAUUUGCUGGUGGUGCUGUUGGUCCCGUCAACCUCGUGCCCUUCUCCCAGAUUCCAUUUCGGCCUGGGUCGACCUUCCCUCAGUCUGCUGCGACGCCAAUGUCUCCCCAGUCCAGCCAGGGCUGGGUUUCAGGGACGUCAGAAUCGACCGAGGCGCGCUCGAAACCCAUCCGGAAUACCACAUACCGCAACGGUUCCCCGCUGCAUAUGCGACGGGACGGUAUCCGGAAGAAGAAUGCCCGCUUCGACAUUCCUGCUGAGAGAACUCUCAGCAAUAUUGACAUGUUGAUCAGUCAAUGUACCGACGAAGAUGAGAUCAAAGAGCUGAAACAGCAAAAACGUCUGCUGAGAAAUCGACAGGCAGCACUCGACUCCCGACAGCGGAAGAAGGUGCAUACUGAACAGCUCGAGGAAGACAAGAAGCGGUCUUCUUCUCUCAUCACAGAGCUCCAAGAUGCCCUUCGGGAGAUGAAACUCCGGGAGGCGGAGUAUCUUCGGGAAAAGACGGAAAUGUUCGAACGUGAGCAGCACCUGCGGGGGUAUAUCGACCAGCUCCACCUGGAGAAGGAGGAAAUGAUCCGCUCCCAUACCCUUGAGACCGGCGAACUUCGCAAGAAAAAUGUUAUCCUUCGAGAGCACCUGGAUAAAGCGGAGCUCAACGCCCAGCAAACUACGAACGCCACAUUCCGCAACGAGUUCUCUGAUUACGAGAACAUCACCAUGGAGAAUGCUCCUUGGGAUGACUUCUCAAUUGUCAACGAGUUCUCUCUUGACGCCCAUAACUCCUCCCUCGUCCGCACUCCUACCCCCAUACCGGACAACACUGCACUCAUGGCUUCCAAAAAGUCCGACAAGUCUACGGACAAGCCUCCAGGUCAUACCGAAUCCUCCCCCUUCAGCUGGAAUACGUUUUACAUGUGUUUGCUUUUUGGGGCUUUUAUUGCAUCCAAUAGCAGCUCAGUCUCGGCUCCUGCUAUCCCGCCCCUCUCGGAAGAGUACCGAGCGGAAUCAGCCAACGUCCUACGAGCUGUUCUUGCAUCCGCUGAUACAAUGGAAGCUGCCCAGACCCUCAACUUUGGAACCAUUCCCGGUCCAUCCGUUUCCACCACCGCCAGCCUUCCUACCACCAUUACCGGUGCGGAAAUGGCACGGAUCACUGGUGGAGGACCAACAUCAAGUCUUGAAGAUUUGCACCACAAUCUAGUCGCUCUCACUAAGCAACAAGAGGAAGAGCAGAUCUUCUCUCUUAGCACCGAAAGGUAUAGGGCUCUUACUGACUUGGAAGAUGAAGGAGGAGACUUCAAGCCUCCUCCAUCGAAUUUCCAGCAAGCCUAUGCCUCCAUGCGAAGCUCUGGCCUGCAGCAUACGAAAAAUGCUCCUGACAUAUAUUCACGGUCCUUAUUAUGGGACCGUGUUCCGGAGAAGGUGGUUCAAGAUUUUAGGAGGAUGGUGAAGCAGUGUGGUGUUUCUGAUGCUGCCAAGGAUGAACAAACAGGAGGUGUUUGCCAAUCAUGA